AUGGCUGGCCUGAAUGACAUGGACUGGAAGGCCAAGUACAGGGAGGCUGUCGUACGGCACAAGGAGUGGCGCAAUCUGCAGGACAAUCCUGACAUGAAGUUCGAGACUCCUGAGUUCUACCCAUCUCCGUUUGGGCCAGCCUACCCCGGCUACCCAGGUAUGGCGCCCAGAAACCCAGACCCGUAUCCUCCGCAGCCUCCUCAACCGCACCCCAUGCCCAACCCAUUUUAUGACCCUGACAGCCCCUUCUUCAUGGGAGAAAUCCCGCCUGUGCCUGGUGUGUUCCCCAACGUUCCCAAUCCCCUGAACCCCAUGCUACCAAGGGGCCCUAGACCCAACAACCCGUUCGUGCCUCCUUUCAUGCCCACGCGCCAUAGGACACCACGUGGACCAAGGUUUGACUUCUUCUCAUCAGACUUCAUGUAA